CCAUGUUACUGAGCGGAGCUCCUCCGGCGGGCUCCGGCCCGGGGCAGCGGGCGCAGGGGAGCGCGGGGAGCGGCCCGGGGGGGUCGCGCCGGGGCGCCGGGGGAGCGGGAGCCGGCCCUGGAGGGGGCGGCAGUGGCGGAGUGGCCAAGUGGCUCCGGGAGCACCUGGGCUUCCGCGGGGGGGGCGGCGGCGGAGGUGGGGGCAAGCCGGCGCCCCCGGAGCCGGACUACCGUCCCCCCGCACCCUCCCCGGCCGCGCCCCCUGCGCCACCCCCGGACAUCCUGGCCGCCUACCGGCUGCAGAGGGAGCGCGACUUCGAAGACCCCUACUCUGGGGGGCCGUCCAGCUCCGCUGCUGCUCCAGCCACCCCCGCCGUUCCCGGCCCCACGCCGCCCCCGCGCCACGGCUCGCCUCCCCACCGCCUUAUUCGGGUUGAGACCCCUGGCCCCCCAGCGCCCCCUCCCGAGGAGCGGAUCUCUGGACCCCCCGCCAGUAGCGACCGGUUGGCAAUCCUUGAAGACUACGCGGACCCGUUUGAUGUUCAGGAGACUGGUGAAGGCCCAGCAGGAGCUUCGGGAGCCCCAGAGAAGGUCCCUGAAAAUGACGGCUACAUGGAGCCCUAUGAGGCCCAAAAGAUGAUGGCUGAGAUCCGGAGUUCCAAGGAGACAGCAGCUCAGCCCCUGCCUCUGUAUGACACGCCCUAUGAGCCAGAGGAGGAGGGGGCCACCCCAGAGGGUGAGGGGGCCCCCUGGCCCCGGGAGUCCCGGCUGCCAGAGGAUGACGAGAGGCCCCCCGAGGAGUAUGACCAGCCCUGGGAGUGGAAGAAGGAGCGGAUUUCCAAAGCCUUUGCAGUUGACAUUAAGGUCAUCAAAGACCUACCUUGGCCUCCGCCGGUGGGACAGCUGGACAGCAGCCCCUCCCUGCCUGACGGGGACAGGGACAUCUCCGGUCCAGCCUCACCCCUCCCCGAGCCCAGCCUGGAGGACGGCAGCGCCCAGUUUGAAGGAUCUGAGAAGAGCUGCCUGUCACCCGGCCGGGAGGAGAAGGGGCGGCUACCUCCCCGACUCUCUGCAGGGAACCCCAAGUCAGCCAAGUCCCUAAGCAUGGAGCCCAGCAGCCCCCUUGGGGAGUGGACAGACCCAGCACUGCCUCUGGAAAACCAGGUCUGGUACCACGGGGCCAUCAGUCGAACAGAUGCCGAGAACCUGCUCCGACUGUGCAAAGAGGCCAGCUACCUGGUGCGCAACAGUGAGACCAGCAAGAAUGAUUUCUCUCUGUCCCUCAAGAGCAGUCAGGGCUUCAUGCACAUGAAGCUGUCCCGGACCAAGGAACACAAGUACGUGCUGGGCCAGAACAGCCCACCCUUCAGCAGCGUCCCUGAAAUCGUGCACCACUACGCCAGCCGCAAGCUGCCCAUUAAGGGGGCCGAGCACAUGUCCCUGCUCUACCCCGUGGCCAUUCGGACUCUGUAGAUGGGUGGCCCGGGCACUGUGACAAAUCUGGACCCAGCCCUGUGCCCAUCCCCUGGCUGAGGGCUGUGGCCCUUCCCAGGGACAUGUUCUGUCAAACCUUUCUUCCCCUCUCCCUGAGAUCGAGUGGAAGCUGGAGAUUCCUUAAUUUAUUCUAAACGAGAAGGCCUACUGGGGCCUCGGAGUAAAAGGUGGUCUGGAGCCGAGGACAGAGGAAUCCCUGGGGAGAAAGGAUAGCCCCUGGAGGAAGGGGGCUUCAGGGCCGCUGGUCUCCAGAGGAGUUUCAGAUCCGCAGCUCCCCGCCUUUUCCGCCCCUAGGGCACAGGUGGCGACCCCCUUCCCCACCGACUCCUUCCCCCUGGGUCAAUGCGGAGUGGGGCAGGACGCAGGCCUGCGGGGCGCCCUGGCCGCCUCCACCCCUAAACCGCCGGCGGGCUCCGUCCAGAGUCCGGUGCGGGGCUUAGGGAAGGCAGAUCCCCCUAGGAUGGAGCUGGCCGUGGGGGUGGGGAGACGAGGGGAAGGGCUCAGGCCAGAGGGAACUUGCGCAGUCCCCGGGCCGCCCCGGCUCCCGGCCAGAUGCAAUAAAUAAACCAAGUCCUGCCAGG